GGGAAAUUUCAUGAUUUGGAGAAAACCCGGAAUCUUUCGCCCCCCAGGGGGGAACCGCCGCCGCCGCUUCCCACUCACAAUCUGCCCCCAGGAGCCGGAGCUCGGAGCCGGCGACAGUUGACUCCGUGCACCGCGGAGGGAUUUAUAACCAUUAGUCCCUCGACGGGUAAUUAUGCGCACAUAAAAUAAAUGAGUUUUACGCACGCUUGCUUCGGUGAUUGCUCUCUCUGUCUGGCUCGCGAGACUUUGUAAAACUCGAGGUUAUUUCUUGAGUUGGUGCGUUUGGAGGAUGAUCCACAAUUGAAAAAAAAAAAAAAAAAGAUAAAGGACAGCAGAUUUGCGCAGUUUCGUUGCGCACUGAUCUGUUCCUUAAUGGAAACUCAUAUAAAAGGUCACUGAAGUCAUUACAGCUGCAAGGAAAAUGUGACUAACAUAGAGAUUGCCAAUUAGCUGAAUCGUUAUAGUGAAUCGUUAGCAAAAAAAAAAAAAAAAGCUGCAGAAUCGUUUGGACGAUUGUGGUGGAAACACUGAAGUUCACUCUAUAUCUCUUAAAACACAGACGCGCUCAAACCCUAAAAAUAGACACAGGCUGCUAUGAUUUAAAGGUUGAAAUAUAAUAUUUAUAAUGCAGUGAUAAGAAAAUACCACAGCCCUGAGUUAUUAUCGCAACUGGCCCUGAUGAGAUAUGAAAAUGCCAACUGUGAGCCCCCGUCACGUGGUGCGCUUUAUGAUUUCUGCGCUCGGGAUUUGUCUCCAGUCUCCAGGAUCUCACACCUCUCGGAGCAUUUUCCAGUCAGCCGAGAGGAUGAUGACUUGCUCCGGGCUUCCUCCGAGCCUCCGCCUCAGCGACUUCGCCUUUUCGGUCUGAUGUUUCCGCCCCGAGCCUCAUUUAGGAGAGAAUGUGUCUGCUCGUUUUUGCGACUUUAUUCGGAGUCCUUCUCGAAGCAGGAGAUGCCCUUCAGAUCCAGUGUUACCAGUGUGAGGAGAUGAAGCACAAUGACUGCUCGACGCCAGAAUACAUCGUCAACUGCACCGUCAACGUACAGGACAUGUGCCAGAAGGAGGUGCUGGUCAAACCUGAUGGGGUACAUUAUCGGAAGUCCUGCGCGUCCUCCGGCGCCUGCCUCAUCGCCUCCUCGGGCUACCAGCAGUUCUGCACCGGCAAGCUGAACUCAGUCUGCAUCUCGUGCUGCAACACCCCGCUCUGCAACGGCCCCAAGAGGAAGCGCCCCGUCCCCUCGGCGGCGACGCCCACCAUGCGGGUGACCGACAGGCCUCUUCUUCUCCUCCUCCUCAUGUUCCUGUCGACGCUGAUGCUCCUCCCGCUGACGUAGACGUUCCUGCCACAUCUUUGCCGGUCGUCCAGAAGCUCGGACCUGUGAUCAGAUUCGGACACCACACACACACACACACACAAACAAAAAACAACUGUAAAUGUAAAGACAUCCGAGAAUGACGCCUGAAACCUGGAGCACUGGAAGCAUCUUUCCGAACCAUUCGUUGCUCACGUUGUGGGCGUCUCUCAGUUUCUUAGCUUUUUGUGAAGUGGAAAAUCUGCUCUGAAGAUUUUAUUUUGCAGCAGCGUCUGUAGGUCUUAUUUCUUGUUAACGCUGUAGCUGUUGUUGCUCUUAUUUAAAUAUGCCACUAACGCCAUGAACCCUCCACUCUCGUCUUAUUAUUCUUCAUACGUCGUGGUAAAGACUGCACUUUAAUCCAGGCAAAGGGGAAGGAACCUCCUGCUGCACAUCACCCUGUCACUUUUAUGCCUUUCUUUCCACUGCCACACCGCACGGACACGGACAUUGAACUACUGGGAAUGUGAAAGAGGCUGAAAUGAUUUUGGAAACGUAGUAUGAGUUAAUAAUUUAACUGUAAAGAGUUUAUUAGAUAUUAAAGAGACGUUGAAGUGAGUGAUAACCUUUAUAAACGCGUUAGUGCAGUAAAAGAACACACGAUAAGCACAAAUACAUGUUUUACAUCAUCUCUAGAAGUGCAUGAGGCCUCUGCUGUAUGAACAGAUGUUUUGUAACUUAUUUUAAAUUUACACACAUUAUUUUUUUUUCUUAGCGUCUUAUUUUACUGCUUGGCUUGGAUUUGGUCUGUACAGUAUCGUAUUUAACGUGUCGUGGACCACCACAGUGAAGGCAGUGACGGUCAGAGUUUGUUUUCGUACUGUUUUAUUUCUAGGAGAACGAUGCUUAUUGGUUGAAGCUUCCCGGAUGGAGACGAAGCAGCUGAGAAACCAAACCUCUGAGAAGAGGAACGACGAUGUGUUCUGCUCAUAUGUGAUGUAAAUAAAUGUUGCAGAAAAUGGAAA